AUGUCCACACAAUAUUUCACACUCACAAUCGUCUUGUUGCUAGUCUUCUUUACUUUGCAAUCCUUCCAACAAAAUUGCACCAGUUCAUUGUUUUCAGAAACCGAAACUCCAGCCACCUUGGAUGACAGCUGUCCAAUUUCUUAUGUCAAUUUUGGUAAAGCAUGUCUUCCCUUCUCUACCAUUUACAAGCAAAAGAAAGAAAUUUCAUGUACAUCCACUUCUGAUUGUCUUUUUACAUCCUUGGAAUGUGUUAAUCAUAAAUGUCUGCCAAAAAUCAGAUUGUCAGGUGAUUCUUGUGUAGAUGACAUGCAAUGUAUAAGUAAUGUUCCUCUAACCAUUUCAAGUAGUGUGGCUGAUAUUAUUGGACCAAAAUGUAUCAAUAAUAGAUGUCAAAAUUUGAAAGUUGAAAGAAAAAAUGAUGGAGAAGAAUGUUUUAUUGACAGGUACUCGAAAAUUAUUUACGAUUGUAAAGUUGGAUCGAUUUGUUCAACGUAUGGUACUGGGAGUAAAUGUGUUCCAAAAUUGAGUGUAAGAAAGGGUGAAAGUUGCUUUAAUCCAACUACUGACGACAAGUCAACUAUUUUCAAUUACAAAUAUUGUGAAAGUGGAUCUUAUUGUAAAAGUUUGAGUGAUGGAAGUCAGAUUUGUGUUGAACCACUUAUUAAGGGUUCAAUAUGUGCAAAUUCAACAACCAGAUGUCAAGAUGGUACUGUUUGUCGUCAAAAUUCACCAACUGAUUCAACCUUCACUUGUCAAAAUAUUGCAACUUAUGGAGAGAGUUGUGUUUUGGAUUCUGAUUGUGCAUAUGGUACAACCCAAUUUGUAAAGUGUUACAACAACAAAUGUCAAAGAAUUUUCGGUACUGUAACUAAUGGAAUUUGUAAGCAAGACGAUGAGUGUUACACCAGAUAUUGUUCACCUGAAGGGAGAUGUGCAGAACGAUCGAAUAAUAUUCCAUGUUCAACAAGUAAUGAUUGUCCAUUUAGAGAAGGUUGUGCCUGUGGAGGUAAAGGUAAUUAUUCAAAUAGUUUUGGAAGAUGUGCAAGCAAUUUACAAUGUUAUGGACCCUAUACUGAUAUGCUGUCUUGUGUGUUCAAUUUGGGGAUUACAUUUAAAGAGUACUAUUUUUUUGGUGGUUUUGGUUACAGUCAAUUUGUAGAUGAAGAAAGUUCAGUAUUUACCAGAUGUAGAAAUGCCUAUUCGAGAUUUUAUUCUUGUUUCAGAAAAGUAUUUAUUUCUACUGGAAUUCCUACUAAGGGGGAAAUGGAAGGAGUUGAUUUGGAUGCUUAUUCAGUUUAUGCUUCUCCAAUUCUUCCAGGUAGAAGUGGAGCAAGUCAAAAUCAAUUAGUUUUUGGAUUAGCUUUGAGUAUUAUGAUGUUGGUAACUUUGAUUUUGUAAAAUUUAUUUCUUCUAAUAGUUGAAUUU